CCCGCCUACCACCGGCACCAUGCCCGAGGAAGAGGAUGAUGAUGCGAAGAAAAAGAAGGGAAAGAAGGGCUCCAAGGGCAAGAAGGGGAAGAAGGGAUCCAAGGGGAAGAAGGGCAAGAAGGGCUCCAAGGGCAAAAAGGGGAAGAAGGGCUCCAAAGGCAAGAAAGGAAAGAAGUCUCCCAAGAAAGAGUCUGAGGGAGAGGCCUCUGCGACCGAAGAGGGAGGAUCCGGCGCGUCCUCAGCUGGAUCGUCGCCCAAGGCUUCUCCGGCAGCUAGCCCCGCUGCCGGCUCAGCCCCUGGUGCUGCCGACGCUCAAGGCGCUGCCGGCCCCGUGCAGAAGAUGGGUGGUUACUACAGCGAGGCACAAUCCAUGUACGACGACGGGUACGACGACGACUUCUACGUGGACAUCACCUGCUAUCCGCCACGAAGCCGUGGUGGUUCUCAGCAACAAGGCGGUUAUGGAGGGUACGAGGACCCUUACGGCUAUGGUCGCUGGGCCCCGCCGAGGCCGAUGCAGAUGCCCAUGGGCAUGGGCAUGUGGGGAGGCAUGGCGACCCGAGACGUGAGUCAGCAGAUGGGUCCUCAGACAACCACCAUACCUCCAGGCUCACCGCCGAUGGCCUUCAAGACUCCGUCGACUACUGUGGUCGUCAACACGAGUGGUGAGAGGAUCAACCGCAGCGGAUCCCGCCCCAUGUCGCCAGUGAUGGGCAUGGGUAGCAUGCAAGGAAUGGGUAUGGGCAUGCAAGGAAUGGGUAUGGGCAUGCAAGGAAUGGGCGGCAUGCAAGGAAUGGGUAUGGGCAUGCAAGGAAUGGGUGGAAUGAACAUGCCUGCCAUACCUGGAAACAAAUCGCCCAUCGUCAUGUCGCAGCCGCUGACCGGGACCGGACUGACGCCCCAGAUGCAGCAGCUCCUUCUGCGAGGAAUGCCUGGAUACACGGCCACUGUUGUGCUCAUCCUGGUACCGAACCCUUAG